AUGAUGGCGACCAACGACGCGCCGACAUCCUCUGUCGCGCCAGUAGUCGCGGCAACCGCGCCUGCGGACCAGUCUUCCAAAGCGCCUGGCAAAGUCGAUGAGGGCGAUGACUCGGAGUGGGAAUACGAGUAUUCAACCACCGACACCGAGACAUACUACCUGACCGUCGACCUCUCUAUUCCUCAGCUGCUUCAUCGAAGACGUAACGCACCGGUUUCGGGACGUGGCGGGUACCAUUAUAAGCACUGGGCCGGUCCGCACAAGAAGCCGGACGAGCCAAAACACCACCGCAUCUUGUCGGACGACGAGAACGACGAGAACGACGAGAACGAUGACGAGCCCAUAGUCGAGCCCGAGGAUGACGGCGAUAUUGACCCGAGUCAGAUGGAUCCCAAUGCGGACAAGGCGGAUAACCCCGACGACCAGAGCGAGACGGACGCAGCUCCGGAUAUACAAAUCCUAGACUUGCACUCCGACAAACCCAUGUUCGCAUACAAGGGCAAGGUGUUUGAGGGACAGUGGGCGCGAAAUCUGGGCACGGAAGUCAUAUUCGCCGAACACGACGCGGAGGAUCCGCUGCCGGCGCUGCGGCACCUGCCUGGGGGCGUCGACAUGCUCGCCGCCAGCUGGUCAAGGAUCAACACCACGGAGAAGAGGUUAAUCCCGAGGCACGAGGUGUCGGCUAAGGACGACCCGCUGGAGGAGAUCAGGAGGCAGCACGGGAUUCACAUACCGAUCACGGCGGACAAGACGGGCGAGCGGAAACGGCAGACGCGGUUCUUGGAGAACCUGAUGGCGCUGAAGAAGAAGAGGGGCGAGACGGACGAAGUCACGGUGUACGCACACGCGGCGCCGAAACAAAUCAACGACGGGACUUCUGGGCGAAGGAAAAAGCGGAAGCCGUUGCCUGAAGGGCAGCCCCCCAAAAAGCGCCGGGGUCGGGGAGGUGGGGUGCGCGGCGGACGCGGAGGGGCGGCCGCGGCGGCGGACCUUGACGCGUCUACCGCCGGCCAGAGCGAUACGAUGUCCGGGGCUGGUGCGUCGCAGGAGGGAACGCUGUCGACGCCGACGCCGGCUGCGUGGGCCGACCUGGGAGGCCAGGUCGACGGAGCCGCGGACCAGGAUGUGGCUAUGAACGACGAUGACGAUAGCGAGGACGACUCUGAAGACUACGAAGAAGUCGACGAAUAG